CGAGGAGAUGAGGGUGCUCCCUGCAUCUGGCAUCGCUGUCCUCCUCGUCACAGCCUUGAAAUUUUCCUCUGCAGCCCCCUCCCUAUUUGCAGCCACCCCCAGGACCUUGAGGAACAACUACCACCUUGCACAGGCGUAUCUUGACAAGUACUACACAAAGAAAGGAGGACACCAGAUUGGUGAGAUGGUUGCAAAAGGGGGCAGUUCCAUGGUGAGGAAGAUCAAGGAGCUGCAAGCGUUCUUUGGCCUCCAAGUCACUGGAAAGUUAGACCAGACCACCAUGGAUGUGAUGAAGAGGCCUCGCUGUGGAGUUCCUGAUGUGGCAAACUAUCGCCUCUUCCCAGGUGAACCCAAAUGGAAAAAAAAUACUUUGACAUACAGAAUAUCCAAAUACACACCUUCCAUGAGUGCUGUGGAGGUGGACAAAGCAGUAGAGAUGGCCUUGCAGGCCUGGAGUGGCGCUGUCCCUCUGAACUUUGUUAGAGUCCUCGCAGGAGAAGCGGAUAUCAUGAUAUCUUUUGAAACUGGAGAUCACGGGGAUUCCUACCCAUUCGAUGGGCCUCGAGGGACGCUAGCCCAUGCAUUUGCACCUGGAGAAGGCCUGGGAGGAGAUACACAUUUCGACAAUGCUGAGAAGUGGACUAUGGGAAAGAAUGGUUUCAAUUUGUUUACUGUUGCUGCUCAUGAAUUUGGCCAUGCACUGGGCCUGGCCCAUUCCACAGACCCAUCAGCACUGAUGUACCCAACUUAUAAGUACCAGGAUCCGUACGACUUCCACCUCCCCAAGGAUGAUGUGAAAGGGAUCCAGGCACUGUACGGACCUCGGAAAACAUUCCUGGGAAAACCCUCGGUGCCCCUUGGCCCCCCUCAUAGGCCAUCCAUCCCCGAUCUCUGUGACUCCAGUUCAUACUUUGAUGCAGUGACAAUGCUGGGAAAGGAACUCCUGUUCUUCAGAGACCGGAUCUUCUGGCGACGACAGGUUCACUUGAUGGCGGGGAUUCGGCCCAGCACUAUUACCAGCUCCUUCCCCCAGCUCAUGUCCAAUGUGGAUGCAGCUUAUGAAGUGGCUGAGAGGGGCACUGCUUACUUCUUCAAAGGGCCCCACUACUGGAUAACAAGAGGAUUCCAAAUGCAAGGUCCUGCUCGGACUAUUUAUGACUUUGGGUUCCCAAGGCACGUGCAGCGAAUAGAUGCUGCCGUCUAUCUCAAGGAGCCACAGAAGACCCUUUUCUUUGUGGGAGAUGAAUACUACAGCUAUGAUGAACGGAAAAGGAGAAUGGAAAAAGACUAUCCAAAGAGUACUGAAGAAGAAUUUUCAGGAGUAAAUGGCCAAAUAGAUGCUGCUGUGGAAUUAAAUGGCUACAUUUACUUCUUUUCAGGACCAAAAACAUACAAGUACGAUACAGAGAAGGAAGAUGUGGUUAGUGUGGUGAAAUCUAGUUCCUGGAUUGGUUGCUAAAUAGAAAGGUUUAAUCUUUCCUGAGGAAUAAAGAUGACUGCAAGCAGCUGGUAACUGGAUGUGAAGGACUAAAGCGUAACGCAGGAUAAGGAUUCUUCCCACGGCCUUCAGUUCUAAGAGCAAUUUAGAGUUCAUUGAAAAUAAUAUGCUUCUACAUUUUUUCACAGUUGUGUAUUCAGAAUUUCAAUGCAAAUGAGAAAUUCCUCUACGGCCAACUUACACAAAAUUGUAAUCAACACAAUGCACUCUUCGAUUAGACACCAUUUUUUUUUAACCUAAUAUACUAAAGCAAAAUGAUCAGUUUGGUUUUUAUUUCCAAGAAGAAGCUUAUUGGUGGAUUUCCUGGCAUAUAUUAUAGUUCUUUUAAUAGGAAAUGUCAUUACCAUACAAAUUAUAAUUAUUCUUUAUGAGCAAUGGCUUUUGUGGCCAUCAUUUGUAAUAAUAAAUAUAAACUUACCCAUUUUUACUUUAAACAUAUCACAA